CACUCGAUUUUCACCAGUCGUUACGCGUCUCUCGGAGCAUUCGCCUCACAAAGCGGACAGUCGGAAAAUCGGAAAAGCCAAGGGAAAAUAUUCGAAAAUAGCCAAAGUGCAAGUGCAUAUUAUAUAGCCAACCGACCAUAUAGUAUUGCAGCCCAGUGUCGAACAAAAUCCUCUUCGAUGUCGAUUAACUCGCCAAUAUCGUUAAAAAACUCUGACCUGCAUUGAACAGGCAAAGGCGAUUACCAAAUUAAAAAAAAAAAAAUAUAAAAAGUAAACAAUUUUAAGGCCGAAAAACAGAAGAAUCAAAGACUAAGACUCGGCAUAGACCGCAAACAACAAGUUGUUUGCUUUUAGUUCGCGUUCCCCUUAUUUUAUUUUCCUUCCGUUCGUUCGUUCGGUUUUCCACGCACGCGCGUCGUGAAAAACAUUGAAAACAUAAGCCACAGCAGUUGAAGCCCCCAACUGUUGCGCCUUAAAAAAAAAACCGAAUUAAAUCCAAUUUAAUUGAGACCUUCGUCGAGUGGAAAAACCACCACAGCCCAGAGGAUACAAGUUUGUGUGUGGAAAAAGCGAAAUAACCAGAGAUCUUAACCAGGAAAACAACAAUUUUGAUUAUUGGGCUUAGGCCAUUGUAUGGAUCAGUCUAAACUAACGACGAAAUUUGGAGACGAGCCGGACCUCCUGUUCAAGCGAGCGCAGGGCCGGAUUAGUCUGAUCAGUGCAGGAGUGGGAGCCACCCAGGCUGGUCUAGCUGCCCAAGCAUCGCUGCAUCCAAGCGCCAACGCAACGCUUCAACAAGUCGCCAACAUUCAACUAGAGGCCACGCUCAAUGACUGUGAAAGUGGCUAUGUGCCCACCGUGGGCCGCUGGGGCUCCGAAUGGCCGACGGUCAACUCGCUUGUCGAGGAGGCCGCUGCUGCUGCCGCCGCCGUUGCCCAUGAUCCGUUGCUGCUCGCCGCGGAUCAGCAACUGGCGGAUGCUGUGCGCGGAAUGGGAUUGACUACGCGAUCUGCAGGAUCCGCAACUGAGCACGCAUCUGGACAUGGCACGGGCGCCAUCCGUCGCACACCCUCCACCUCCAGCGAGGAGGACUUGGAGGAUGAGGAGGAGGAGCUGCCGGAGCUGGCGCCUCCAACCGACCUGACAUCGGUGGAUGGAUCGGAGCGUUACUCCGACAUCAGGCAGCUGCUGGCCCGACAGCAGCCACUGGCUCAGCUGGACGAUGGCGGUAUCUCGCCCAGCAGCAAGUCGUGGGUCGUGGGCGAUGGCUACGAUCUGGAGGCCUUCAACCAAAUAAACGGUGUAUGGCCCCUGGGCCAUCCGUUGCCGCUGCCCGAUUGGUCCGAUUCCGGGUCCGGCAAGGGCACUCUUAUCUUUGACAACGUCUGGCAGUAUGAGGAGCUGAACGGGAUUGUGGAGACAACGCUGCAGCGGAUGCUAGAGGAGACACACUACAACACGGUGAAUCUCUUUGUGGAUUUCUAUCGCUCCUUCAAGCGCACCCGCCGCUCCGAUCUGCGCAGCUUCUUCCAGUUUUACGAUGUGCCCAUCAAUCGUCGCCACCACAUGUGCGUAUCCCUGGCCUUUGAGAUCAUUGCCAGGAUGGUUAAGCUCUUCCCAGUGCUGGCCAACUACCUGUAUGUGGUGUCCUGCGAGGAGCAGGUGAUGGACUGCAAUGACUACGUCCAGCUGGACGAGGAGUGUGGUCUAAAUUCGGUGGAUGCGGGCGUGGAGAAGGAGCAUGUAAUGGUGGCCAUGCGCAUUGCCAUUGGCGAGCGCCGUGGUGUGAUGAUUCUGGAUCCGGGAUACCAUGUGAGCCGAGCUGUGACUGUCAUGCAGGAUCAGAGCUAUCCUCACACGGGUUGGUUCACCCAAUCGAAGGAGCCCCAUCUGCAGCGGGACUACUGCUACGCGUACAGCCAGCAGAACGGCAAGUUUGUGGAGUGGAAGGAGCGCGAGAUCCGCGGGGAGGAGGCCAGCUUCAAGACCUCGCUGGUCUACGUGGCCCAGGAGUACAUCACAGCGAUUGAUGUCACCGUGCGCCGUAAUCUGGUGUACAACUUCCGGUCGCUUCUCUCGCGAGACGCCAAGGGUCAGGUGUACGCGGGCAUCUACUUUCCGCUGGUGGCCAAUGUCCAGGAGUCCUACCUGACCAUCUUUUACGACGGAACGAAUGAGCAGCGAGUGCGGACAAAGCUGAUGUUCAGCGCCUUUAAAGUGGGCAAGGGCAAGCAACUGCCGGACUCCAUUAAAGAGCACCUGGGCAGGCUGGCACCGCAGAUGAGAAUGCCCCUGCAGGAGCUGACGGAGCUGUGCAAAUCCCUGGCCGAGGUGGUCACCGACCAGAACUUCAUCAGCCAGGUGCUGGCCAUCAACGAUGACAUCGGCAACAUGUCCGUGGAGAAUUGACAGUUAAAGGAGCCUAAGGAUGUCGCUGCUAGUUCCGAAUUGGAAGGAGAGAUGGGAGCAGGAACGGAAACGGAUGUGAAGAUGGAUAAUAAACAGGCGAUAAAAGACACUGACAACGCAGCUGCAACUUAGAGUUCCGAGUUUUUUGAAUACGUUGUCCCUUCCACAGUAAUAUUUCUUUUAGUAGCACUUAGGCACCUCUCUUACACCCACACAAACCAGCACACACACUCGAUUCAAAGUAUAUAUUUCAAUUUAGUAAUAUAUGUAUUAAACUAUGUACACACACACACACACACACACAAAACACACUCUAUAUAAUGGUGUAAUCCCAAAUGAAUGAUUUACCCGAAACCGGAAACGGAAAUUUAAUCUAAACCAGAAAGCGCAAAGCAUAGAUUUUUCAAUUUUCGCUUAGAUUCAGCUUCUGUUUAUUUCAAACUAAGUAUACACUUAUGGACGUACGCGCAACUAUAUAAUGGCCAAAUUAGUUGAUAACUGGUAUCAAGGCAAAACAUAAAUUGUAAUUGUUAUAUGAAAAUAUUUCUGUUGUAACACUUGAAUGCACUGUACAAUUUGGUUCUAAUAAAUAAAUCAGCUAGCAAAA